AUGGUAAGUGACUCUGCCAUUCAUUCACUCGCAGGCGCUGCCGGUGGCAUUGUCGCCAUGUCAGCAACAUACCCACUCAUAGUCUUAUCGACGCGCGCUGCAGUCAACGUGCAGAAUGACUCCGAGAACAUAGCUCAACAUUUCCUCAGGAUUGUCAAGCGCGAGGGUAUCGCGGGCCUUUACAGCGGCUUGAGCCCAAGUUUGCUCGGGAUAGCUGUCACAAACGGGGUGUAUUAUUAUUUCUACGAACGUUCCCGAGAGAUCAUCCUGAAUUCGAGGCAGGGGAGCAAGGCGCUUAGUAUGCUGGAGUCGAUGUUAGCAGGCGUUAUUGCUGGAUCAGCAACCACCAUCAUCAGCAAUCCGAUCUGGGUCAUACAGACGUCCCAAGCCGUUCGAGUCGAACCCUCCCCUUCCGAAUUAUCCAGUUCACGUGCAGUGGUCAGGCGGCCAAGUAUCUUGCGAACAAUUCAAGCCAUCAUCGCUAAAGACGGGCUGAACGGGUUCUUCCGUGGGCUCGGCCCUGCUUUAGUACUCGUGAUCAACCCCGUACUGCAGUACACGGUGUUCGAGCAGUUGAAGAAUUUUUUGAUUAAGAGGAGGACCUCGAAGCUAAGGGCGGAGGGCUUUGGAAAUGCGGCCGCAGUCUUAUCCGACUGGGAUUUCUUUGUCUUUGGUGCACUUUCAAAACUUGUCGCAACAGGUUCAACAUAUCCUUACAUUGUCCUAAAGAGCAGACUCCAGGCUGGGCAGGCAUGCGCAGAGGGAUACAAAUCUUCUUCCCAUGGUCUCGCUACCAUAUUGAAAGAGGAAGGCAUACAAGGACUGUACAAAGGCAUCAGCAGUAAACUCCUCCAGAGUGUCCUCACUGCUGCAAUACUGUUUGCCGUACAGAGGAGAAUAUAUGAGUUGACGAAGAAGGCUAUCACGCCACUGUCAUGA